AUGUCUAUUAAGGAUCUUAGACUCAAAUGUCUUGUUCCGGGUGAUGAUAAUUUUUUUGAAAUAAUACCUCGUGAUGAUGAUAACACAAUUGUUCACCUCAAAUGUAGAAUCAAAGAAGAAAGGGAUGAUCUAUUUGGUGGAAUGAAAUCAUCUGAUAUCAUUAUCUACAAGUCUUAUUCUACACAAUCAGCUAAAGAAAUGAUUGAAACGUGUAAAGUAAGAAGAGAUGAUGAAUAUGGCGUGAAGUUAUCUGACACUGAAUCGAUUUCUAAUCAUUUUCCUAAUACAAUGAUUGAGCAUAAGACAGAAAUUCACGAAGACAAAAGCGAUAUUAUUGCUAAAUUAGAUGAUGACACUGCAUCUUACAAAGCAAAUUCUGAUGAUAUUUCUAAUUCUGAUAUAUACCAGGAGACGAAUAUUCAAUACCCUGAACCACCUAUUCGUACGGAGUCUAAAUCCCCACAUUCUCAUUCCUUGAAUUCGAGGCCAGAAAGAAUGAAAAUAUAUAAAUUGUCUCAGAAAGGUAAUAAUUGUCUUCCCGAUCAUGAACAAACGAAGUGCAAUGAGUUAUCGGGGGAGAUCGAAUUUUUAGAACGAAUGAUGCAGAGCAUCGAAUAUCCCAAUUCUCCUAUAUCAUAUGAUAAAGAUAAAUCAUCAUAUAUUGCUUCCGAAAUAAGUGAUCAGCAAAAAACUAUUCCGAAUACCCCCUUACCAGUGGAAUAUCUUGACGAUUCUGAUGAAAUUGAGCUUACUAAAAAUCAAAAUAUAGAAUUAGAUUUAAUACGAGAUUUGCGGAAUGCUUAA